AUGACAAGCUCUUUUUUGUCAAUAUAUUCGGAUAGCUGGACGCUCUCAGAGCGUCCAGGAUCCAACCUGAUCAAAUUCGAACCCAGUGCCAGUGACUCUGGAUCAAGCGUGCUGGUAGACCGAUUGACGGGCCAGAGCGAGUCAGGUGCACCAACAACAGGAUCUAUUGGACAUGUUUCUCCUCAGAGUCUUAAGCUCCUGACGUCAGAGGUUGAACUGGAGCCAAUGGGAGAUCUGGCAUCGAUGUCGAUGGCACAGCGCAGUUUGGAGACUCUACGGCGAGUGGAAGAAAGCAUGCGGCUGGAAAACGUACCGGUGACGCCUCAUCUGAUAAUGCACCGCUAUGCGUGGGAUGUUGAACAGUACGCCAAGAGCCAGAGCCAGUUCCCGCUCGACAACGUCCCCAUAAAAUGCAACAUUUUGAAAACGCUGUUCGAGCUCUUGCGGGAAUACCAGGACGCCGAGAAGCAGUUGCCUCUGGAGAACGUGGCUAAAGUUUUGCACUACUUAAGCAAACUGAUUCAAGCAUCGCAGUUGGAGGUGCCUUCUUUGGACGCGUCACAGCCGUUGCCCAAAGGCCGUACCGUGUCUCUGAGAUCUCAUACAGUGUCCUCAGCUUCUCCAAGCCAUAGUCACACCACUAGUUCGCAGUCGGUAAACCAAAGACACGCUAGCGUGGGCCAUGACGCCUCGUCACCGCAAUACCCUUCAACGCGCGUUAGCAUGCAUUCGGGUUCAGGCAAAUCCCGGAUAUUCAGUAAGUUCUUUGCUCCUGCGAAAAGUCGCGAAUCUUUACAUACCAGAAAUACGGUCCACACCAGAAGCACGAUUACCGUCCAGCCUGUUGGAAGCAGCUCGAACGCAGCAAACAGCACCUUGCCCAUCAAUUCUCCCAGUACAGGCUCGACACACGACGCAUCAACAACAGCGCUGGAGUCCGUUGUGAGUUCACAUAAAAUCCAAGAUAUCGAAGCCAUGAAGACAUACAAAGACUCUAUCUUGGCCCUGGGUAAAAUUUUAAAAGGGUUGCCUCAAACCGAUCAGAACAAUAUCGUAUUUCAUUUUGUUGACCGUAGCAUUAAUCCGUUCAUUCUGAAAGACAUCCAUUCGCUUCUCAAGCACUACAUUCAAGAGGAAGUUAUUUUCAGACUCUGA